UUCGUCCUCUUCUCCUCCCCAUCCCAAGAUUUUCGGCGCAACCGCAUGAGGCUCCCGUGAGCCAGUUCGAUCCUCCUCUCGCCACCCCCCGCGCGAAUCGAUCCAGCCCCCAUCGUCCCAACCAAACCAUCUCCAGCAAACCGUGGCCCGCGGCGAGGCUUCGUUUGUCGUUGCGGAUGGCCGUUCAGUCUCCUCCUCCUGCUGUCAUCGAUAUCGACGAGGUGCUUCCGGGCACGCGAUGCGUCUUCAUCGAUGAGUCUGCUAGUAGCAACUCGGCAAAUGGACUGCUGCAGAAACACGACGGCAUCGUGCUGGUGCCGCAGCCCACCGCGUCGCCAAAUGAUCCCUUGAACUGGAGUCUGUGGCGCAAGGCGUGGCACACGGCCCUCGUCUGUUUUGCCGUUGCUCUGACCGCUGCGACGUCCAACGUGGCUGGUUCUGCGAGCACGGGCGUCAACGAGGAAUACGGCAUCAGCUACGACGUGUUCAACACCGGAGCCGGUGUGCUGUUUCUUGCCAUUGGCUACUGGACCUUGCUUAGCUCUCCGGCCGUCCAUCUUUACGGCCGCCGAAUUCUGUAUCUCGUCGGCGCUACUUGGGGCCUGAUUGGCAAUAUAUGGUUUGGGAGACUCACCACCUCGGCCGACGCCAUCUGGACGCAGCUCUUUGUUGGGGCUUCCGAGUCUGUAGCCGAGGCGGUGGUGCAGCUUUCUCUGCUGGAUAUUUGGUUUGAGCACCAGAAUGGAACCUCGAUGGGCUUGUAUACGUUGGCCACCUCGGUGGGAACCUACCUGGGUCCGCUAGUUGGCGGCUACAUUGCCGACAGCAACCUUGGAUGGCGCUGGAUUGGCUAUCUGGGCGCCAUCAUGUCUGCCUUUAACUUUGUUCUCUUCUACUUUGGUCUAGAAGAGACUGCGUUCCCACGCGAGCGCUACCAGCGAGAUAACCGCGCCACGACAACCUCUGCGCCGAUGGGUGACGAGAAGACGGCCAAUGUAGCCGAUGUCAGUACGGGCGUCUCGGACGAAGAGACUGCCGCCCGGGCUCCUGAUGCAGACCAGUUCUCCAUCAACUUUACGCGACCAAAGUCCUACUGGCAGCGCAUUGCCCUCAUCACGCCUGCCCCCAACCUGCGUGGCAUUGGCGCAAAGCAGUACAUCGGCCGUCUGUGGCACACGCUGCGCAUCUUCACCUUCCCAGCUGUCUGGUUCGCCGGCCUACAGUGGGGCAUGCAAAAUAUUGCCUUGUCUUUCUACCUCACACUUGAGGAGGACUACUGGACUGACGAUCCGUGGGACUAUAGUGAUGUCGCCGUCAGCAACAUGAACAUUCCCUGUCUCAUUGGUAGUAUCAUUGGCUGUUUCUACGGUGGCUACCUCAGUGACCUGUUUGUCCUUUGGGCAAGCCGACGCAAUCGGGGUAUCCAGGAGGCCGAGUUCCGGCUGUAUCUCAUGUUUCUCUGCGUCGUCAUCUUCCCCACGGGCAUGUGGCUCUUUGGCAUUGGAUCGGCCAAGGGUUGGGACUGGCCCGUGCCGUAUGUUGGGCUCGGCUUUAUUGGAUUUGGCUACGGCUGUGCCGGCGAUUUGAGUCUCACCUAUCUUGCCGACUGCUACCCGGAUAUGGUCCUCGAAGGCAUGGUGGGGGUUGCCGUCAUCAACAACACGCUAGCCAUGAUUUUUACUUUUGUGGCCAGCUAUUGGCUUGACACGGGCGUGCAGGAUACUUUUAUCGAGCUUGGCGUCGUGGGCUUUGUCAUCUUGAUGCUUUCUGUGCCCAUGAUUAUAUGGGGCAAGCGCGCACGCCGCUGGACGAAGCAGAGAUAUCUAAACUUUUUGGAGAUUCGCGACGGAAUGGGGCACUGAGGCGAGGUUGGAUGAGCUCGCGAGGCUAUACACAUGUUGAGUUGAAAACGCUCGGUUCGAGAAAGAGGGGGAUGCAACGGAAGGAGAGGGAGAGGGGGUGGAAAAAAGAGUUGAUACUCAGUUUUCUAUUUUAUUCUUGAAGAGCUUGAAGCUUCUUCUUUUUGUCAAGGACGAAAAGUUGCUAUACCCUGUUUGUAGGCUUUUUGUAGGUAGCUGGCUAUGAUGAUUGCGAACACAUCUUUUUGCACAACGCAGCGUGCUUUCGCCUCCUGUCUGGUAAAAGAGUAAAGACUGUUAGGCUCUCUUGAUAGCCCAGUUUAGUGUGCUAUACUUUCUGCAUGUCGGUGUGCCCAGAGGUAGAUUCGGUUUCCAGACAUGUUGUGCUGGAUGGUUCCGCCACAUUUUGGGGAGUUUCUUUAGCAGUGUAUCGCACCAGGAGAAUCAAGCUUUUGUGACUACGAUUCAGG